AUGCCUGCCGUGCGCCUGGAUGACAUCAGCGCCGCCAACAGCGCCGGAAGCGACGGGUACAGCACCAACGGCGCGCCCAGCAGCAACGGCGCCGCCACCGCCGCUGCGACCCUCAAGCUGCACACGAGCGGCAAUGGCAGCAGCAAUGGGCGCGGCAAGCACGCCGGCAACGGGGUGCUCGGCACCAUAGACGGUUCCCAGGAUGCUGUGGCAGCUGGCCACCUGGAGUUGGCAGCUGUGACAGGCGCCGCAGCCGUCGGGCGGGCUGCAAACGGCGCCGCUCCCACCGUCGCCCCACGGGCCACAAGCGGCAGCAGCAGCGGCAACGGCAGGGGCGGCGCCUUUCGGGCUCACCGCGACUCGCUGCUGAACACCAUCGACGAAGACCAGAUGGCUGCGGCCGCGGGGCACCUCGAGCUCGCGGCAGUGACAGGAGCAGCCGCAACGGCGGCCGCGGCAGGCGAGGCAGUGGAGGGGGCCGUGGCGGCAGCGGGCGCGGCAGCGGCGGGCGAGGCAGCGGCGCGCGGGGCGGCGGGGCGCAGUGCCGCUGGGACACCGUAUCGCAGCCCAGGCGGGCGCUGGGCCAAGUUCAAGGCUUACUCGGUUUGGCAGCGCACCUUCGCAAUCUGGGCGUUCGCUUUUGCGUUUGCCUGGAGAUACUUUCUGCUGGGCAAGGCCUGGAGCUACAAGGGCGGCAGGAAAGGGAUGACGUCAGAUGCUGUCAGCAGGCGCAAGCGCGAGCUGGCGGUGUGGCUGCGGGAGGGGUUGGUCAAGCUGGGGCCGACCUUCAUUAAGAUAGGGCAGCAAUUCAGCACGCGCGUGGACGUGCUGUCGCCAGAGUUUGUGAAGGAGCUGGAGAAGCUGCAGGACAACGUGCCGCCAUUUGACAGCGCCACCGCCAUGCAGAUACUUGAGUCCAACCUGGGGGCACCACCUCACGAGGUGUUUGCAGAGUUCGACUCGACCCCCAUUGCUGCUGCCAGCCUGGGCCAGGUGCACCUGGCCAAGCUGGAGAGUGGGGAGCGGGUGGUGGUGAAGGUGCAGCGGCCGGGGCUCAAGGAGCUCUUUGACAUUGAUCUCAAGAACAUCCGGGCGCUGGCGGUGUGGCUGCAAGCGGUGGACUCCGGGGCGGACGGCGCCGCGCGCGACUGGGUGUCGAUCUACGACGAGUGCGGCCGCAUUCUGUACCAGGAGAUCGACUAUGUGCUUGAGGCGGAGAACGCCAACGAGUUCCAGCGGAAUUUCAGGGACCUGGAUUGGGUCAAGGUACCCAAGGUGUACCGGCAGUACAGCACGUCCGAGGUGCUGGUGCUGGAGUAUGCCCCGGGGGUCAAGGUCAACGACGGCGCUGCCCUGGAGCGCAUGGGGCUGGACAGGCAGCGCGUGGCCAAGCUGGCGGUGGAGUCUUACCUCCAGCAAAUACUGCGGCACGGCUUCUUCCACGCGGACCCCCACCCUGGCAACGUGGCAGUCGACUCCACCGGCAAGCUCAUCUACUACGACUUUGGCAUGAUGGGGCGCAUUCCUGGGGACGUGCGGGGCGGCCUGAUGGAGCUGUUCUAUGGCGUGUACAACCUCGACGCGGACAGAUGCCUGGACGCGCUCAUCGCCAUGGGCGUCCUGGUGCCCACCGGCGAGCGCCAGGCCAUCCGGCGGACGGCGCAGUACCUGCUUACCACUUUCAACCAGCGCCUCGUGGCGCAGCGGGAGGAGCGCAAGGCCAAGGGGGCGGGGUACAACGCGGACUGGAGCGCGGAGGAGAACAAGCAGGAGAUGGAGCGGCAGAAGAAGCUGGCCAUUGCUAACAUCGGAGAGGAGAUCCUGGUGGCCGCGGCCGGCCAGCCGUUCCGCUUCCCGGCCACCUUCACCUUUGUGGUGCGCUCUUUCACAGUGCUUGACGGCAUCGGCAAGACGCUGGACCCGCGGUUUGACAUGACAGAGCUGGCGGCGCCCUACGCACGCGAGCUGCUGCUGGAGGCCGCGCCAAAGUUUGCCCAGAUAGCGGAGGACUUUAAGCGGCGUGUCGCCAACCAGAACCGCGCGGUGGCCAACCUGUUCAAGUCGCCCAAUCGGCUGGAGGACAUUGGCGGUGUCAUCAGUCGGCUGGAGAGCGGGGACCUGAAGCUGAGGGUCAGGGCGCUGGAGGCGGAGCGCGCGCUGCAGCGGGUGCAGGCUUGGCAGAAGGUGAUCAGCAGCGCGCUGGUCGCGUCGACCCUGGUCAACGUCGGCACUGUGCUGUCCGUCAGCGCUGCCACCACCGGGGCUGCCCUCUGCUUCGCUGGCGCGGCGGCGUUCGGCGCGCUGCUGAUCGCCAGCUACCUGCAGGUCGCGCAGCUCGAAAAGCGGGAGCGGCUGCUGGCCGGCGCGUUCUGA